AUGUCGGCUUCUUCAACAAAGAAUGAUUUUGAUGAAAAUAUAGCAUCAAUUGAUUUUAUUCCAUCCGAUCCAAAUGCAACAUUUUAUUUUUUACCAAAUGGUAUUGGUAAAGAUCGUCGUACAAUAUUUACAAAUGCUAUUCAACAAUUUCAUCUUCAACUUUUAACAUCACCAAAAAAUGCUCGCUUUAUUAUUGUUGAUGAACAAUUUGAUGCACCUAAAGUAUAUUCAGUAUUAAAAUUAGAUGCGUCCGAAAAUGAUGAAAAACCAAAACCAAUUAUCAUUCAAACAAAAUGGUUAAGUGAUUCAUUAAAAGAAAAACAUUUAGUUCCGUUGACGAAAGAUUAUAUUAUUCGAGCACCUCUUAUUCGAAAAAAAGCAAUGCCAUCAUUUUCACAAGAACCUGUUAUAGAAGAAAAGACACGUUUUCAAAAUAAACCUAAACGAAGAUUAUCUGAUGAUCAACCUCAAGGUGGAUCUGCUACACAAGUUAAACAAAGACGUUACUCAUCUGAUGAUGAUGAUGAUGAUUAUGAUAUUAUGGAAGAUUAUAAUGAUACGGUUAAAAAUCCAUAUAAACAUGGAGAAUUACCAAAAGGUAAUUGGAUGUGUUCAAUGUCUUCGCAAACAGCUAAAAAGAAUACUGAAGUCAAUAAAGAUAUUAUUGAAAAACUUCAAGCUAUGGCUGAUCUCUAUAGUAAAACAAACGAUAAAUGGCGUGCAUAUUCAUAUCAAAAAGCUAUCACAACAAUUCGUCGAUGUACAAAACGAAUUGAUUCAUAUGAAGAAAUAAUAAAAUUACCUGGUAUUGGUGAAAGUUUAGCUAAAAAAAUUUGGGAAAUAAUUGAUACGGGUAGUUUUGAAAAACUAGAAGAUUUUCAAUCAUCUGAAUAUAUGACUGUUAUUAAUUUAUUUGGUAAUAUAUGGGGAUGUGGACCAAAUAUUGCUAAACAAUGGUAUGACCAGGGUUUUCGUACUCUUGAUGAUCUUCGUACAAAAGCAAAAUUGUCUCAUAAUCAACAAAUUGGAUUGAAAUAUUAUGAUGAAUUUCUUGAACGAAUGCCACGUGAUGAAGUUGCAGAAAUUGAAGCUGUCGUAAAGGAACAUGCACUUGCAUUAGUACCUGAUCUUACUAUUCAAACUUGUGGUUCAUAUAGACGAGGCAAAGCCACAUGUGGUGAUGUUGAUAUUUUAAUUACACAUUCUGAUGGAAUAUCACAUCAAGGUCUACUUAUUCCAUUGGUUGAUUCACUAAGAAAAUCUGGUAUGCUUUUAAAAUUUAUUUGA